ACUACCGAGUCGACCUUCGCGUCGUCGACGUCUGCUGAUACGAAGACUACCGAGUCGACCUUCAUGUCGUCGACGUCUCCUGAUACCAAGACUACCGAGUCGACCUCCUCGUCCACCAGCAGUGGCUUCUUGCCUGUUCCGGUUCCGGUGCCCGGCACUGAUGGUAAGUGGGGCCCUGCUUCGAUUGCCGGAGCAACGGCUGGUGUGGUCGCUGGAGUUGCGGUAGUCGGCGGUUUCUUAUGGUCUGCUGCACCUUGGAGGCGUACAUCUGCCGAUGCGGGUUUGAAUCAGCAGGUGGAGGUCCCCGAGACUCUGGAGGAGAGAGAAACGGUCGAUGAGAUUGAAGGCGGAAUGUUUGAGUAA